GUAAAUUGUUUAAUUAAGGCAAAGCAAGCUAGUUAAUGACGAAAGGAAAUGAGAAGAAUUCAACAGAACGAAAAGUGAUUGAGACCUCGUCCUAGGAAAGGUUAAGAACAUUAACAAGUUUGCAAUGCUUCAUGUUCUUUUAUGUAUUUAGUAAAAUUUCAUAACAAGGCACUAAUUUUUCACCUCAAUGAUAAAACUGACAUAUUCUUUUAUCGAGUUGAUAGAUUUGAUACUAGAUUGAAUUUGCGUUUAUUCGUUAUGAGUUACUUUUGACGUAAGUUGUAGAAUUGCAUGACGGAAUUGGUUAUAGGAUUAGGGGGAAUAACAGGAUCCGUCUGAUAAUAUUUUGUUCUCUAAUUACGUACGUUUAAUGUCUACCACCUUUCAUCUAUGAACAGUUAGCCAAUUAACCAUGAACAUGAUAUGCUUGAGUGCUCUUUAAAUAUUGAAGAAGCUUGAAUAUCGUUACAUGACUGAUCAUCUUCAAUCAAAUAAAGAAAAAUAUCACCCAAAAUUCAUUAGUUAUCACUUAUCAUGGUCAUUGUCGAGCUCAUCAACAGUAAAGCUCCAAUUUUCACCACCUCCAUCGCAAAAAUAUCAACUACGAGUCGUUUAGACUCCCGUCCUCAUCUUCGAUAUCACCACUAAAAAAAUAUUUUUGUGUUCUCAAGUUGACGAUCGUGUGAAAAAAGAGUUGAGGAACUUGUUAACGAAAAGGGUAAAUUAUUAGUGAAAUUGUAGUAAAAGGGAUACUCAUUUUACUCAUUCAAAAAUUAGUCUAUGAUUUCUAUAUUAUUAUCUUUGAAUAAUGUGAGGAUCUUUUUUUCCAAAAUAUUAGUAGAGGUUGUUAAGGCAUUUGAUGUUUUUGAGAUUACUCCAAAAGAAAGUAGAGGGAAAAAAAUAUAAUAAACAAAACCAAGAGCAAUGAAGAAAAUGCUGUUGGUAGUGGUGGGAAAAUGGGAAUGGGGGUGAGAAACUACUAACUAGAGAGAGAAACAAACAUGCAUUGAGAGAAGGAGAGAGAAAGCAAGGAGCUAGUCGUUUCAUUUCCCUGUACCCAUUAGAGAUUGAGAAACAGAGACUGAGAAAGUGAGCUUCUUUGUUGUAAUUUUACAGAGCAAAAGAACUGAAAAGAGAAAGGAAAGCAAAGAAAAGAGAUUUCUCCGUUCUGUGGUAAAGAUGGAGAUUAAGUUGAGAAGAAGAAGCAGAGCUCAGUAAAGAAAGGUUCACCAAUUGCAACCUCCUUCGUUCUUCUUGGGUUAGUUUCUUUUUCAUGGCGAUUGUUUUGUUGGCUUGUGUGAUUCUUUAUUAGCCUGCAGACAAGUCAGUAGCCCUUGCAGGAUUUUUUUUAAAGUUUAUAUUCCAGUGUUUGAUAUCUCUAGCGUCUUUUGGGUGGAGUUUUCAAUGGUGGAUUCUUUCUUUUUUAUUAAUAGUUGUUGCUGUUUGUGAGCCAUCGCCAACCAAUUUCUCAUUAUUCCCGGCAAGCUUUUGAUAUCUGGGUUUUGCAUGCAAGGUAUUUGAUGAAAUGGGUCAGUGGAAGGUUUUAGUGGGAUGGCGAUGAAACCAAGAGUUAGCUUUUUACUAAUCGUCUUCUUUCUAAUUGAGUUUCUCGUUUUAUUGCUUAUUCAAUCUUCUUGAUUUCUUCCUCCGAAUCUCUGAUUGCUUAGUAGUGGUCUGUUAGUGUUCUAAUUUGAAUUUUGGCUUCCUGGGUACAGUGAUUCAUGCAAAAAGGAUUCUGACCUCCUAGAUAACCUCCUAGUUCUGGUGAGUCUUCUCUAAUUGCAUUUUAGGACACUUAGAUUUAUGAGUCAAUGACUUUCCCCAUUGUUGAUUGUCAAUUGUUGAUGUUGAGUGUUCAUCUUUGUCAGCUGAGUUGGAGUUUUCGAACAUGGGAGUUCAGCAACAUCAUUUCUAUGGCACCAAGCCACUGAAAUUUCAAUUUCAAGACCAGGAUUCGUGCUCGAGUCAAUCGACUGGUCAAUCAUACCCUGAAGUCGGAAACAUGGGAGAAGCAACUGAUGAAGCUUGUGGAAAGCCAGUGGGUGGUGGUCAGACUGGUAAACUAUACUCACAAGUAGGACCUCAGGAGUUCAUCUUCCCUGCUUAUCAAGUUGACUAUGGCCAAUCUGUUGCACGUAUUCCACUCGCAUAUGCUGAACCAUAUUAUGGGGGUAUCCUAGCUGCUUAUUCACCAACGGUCCAUCCCUCACAAGUAUUUGGAACGGCUGCAACUCGAGUGCCCCUUCCUCUUGAUCUGACUGAAGAUGAACCCAUCUUUGUCAAUGCCAAACAGUACAACGCGAUCCUCAGGAGGAGGCGCUACCGCGCGAAGCUCGAAGCUCAGAACCGGCUGGCCAAAAAUCGUAAGCCGUAUCUUCACGAGUCAAGGCAUCUUCAUGCAAUGAGGAGGGCUAGGGGUACCGGUGGGCGUUUCCUCAACACGAAAACACCAGAUGAAGAUUCUUCGAGGCACGAGCUCACAGGAUACGGCCAGCCUAGAUCAUCCGGUAACUACCCGGAGUCCUCUGAAGUUCAUAAGGGGGAGAAUCGUCGAGAUGGUUGUGCUUCGACCACCUCUUGCUCAGACAUCACCUCCAACAAUGACGACGAUGGGGCAUUCCACCAGCAAGAGUUCAGGUUCUCCGGAUACCUGGCAUCAUCGUCUCACGUCGGUGGGACCAUUCAAGGGCGCCGCGUCCACUAAGAGAGAGGGGGAAAGAAGAGAGGGCCUCUAUGCAGCUCAUCUCAUCACCUCUCUCCCUCACGGGGCUCAUUGCCCUCUGGGAAGUCAUCCUUGGCUCAGUUCGUUUCUGUGUAAUUCGGGUUCGUUUUGCUUGCUUGUCGAAGAAGUUAUUGAUGCUUGAUUGCCUUCUUUCUCAGAACUUAUUAAUCAGUCGUGCUUUGUAUUUUGCAUUUGUGCCUAAAAAAACUCUUGUCUGGACUAUGGAGGCUCGAGUAAUUGAUUGUGAAUGGUAACUCUGUUCUGGAGGUUCUGCUUGUGAUAUCGCUUUCCCUCCCGGAAGCCGUACUUGCCGGAAUAUGUGGCCGCCGGUCAUCCUGCCGGGCUGGUUCUUCCCACUUCUCAUUUCUCAAUCUCUUUUGCUGGAUUAUUUAUGUUGUUUUUUUUAUAGAAAUGUUGUUAAAUGUGGAUAAAAAUUUCAAAAAGAAAAUUAUCGAAUUCAAUUAAGAAUGUUACUUGAA